AUGGAAUCCCACGAUAUGAAAUCUCCAAGAAAGCAAGAAGAAGAUACAAUCCUCGGCCACCUUUUGUAUCCCGACGACCUUUACACCCCGGAAGGUACUUAUUGGGCAGAUCUCCCAUUUACUAAGCAAAUAGCUUUUGUUAAUCAUUCAAACAACCAAGAAGCAAAAAAAGAAUUUUCUUCGUUUUGGCGUAUGUUUAAGAACGACCCAUUAAGUCCCCUGUCGUGGUACAUGAAAAAUGCCGUACUUCCUGGCGCUGGGUUAGGCUUAGAAGGCUACGUCCUUUUUUCCAUCGGGAACCUAGCUCCUUUUUUCAAGAUAAUGUGGCCCCGGUGUUGGAAAACAUAUGAAGUUUGCAAUGAAAAUUGGAUCCAUGCCGUAACAUAUCUUGAGGUUGCCGGUAUUAUAUUUGGUCAAAUCUUAGUCGGGAUCAUUGGAGAUGCCGUUGGCCGUCGAUGGGGUCUUAUACAGGACGCUGCCAUAAUGUUCUUUGGCCUUCUGAUGCUGACUGCAUCAUGGGGCGCAUCUCUCAAUGGCUGGAUCAUUUUUUACGCUGCUUCCCUCUUCAUUUAUGGAAUAGGAGUGGGUGGUGAGUAUCCAAUGACGGCUACUGCUGCAAUGGAAUGCUCUGAAAAAGGCGGAUUAAAUUCAAAACGAGAAGAUCGAUUACAUCGUGGACGUAGUGUUACCAUGGCUUUCAUGAUGCAAGGUUGGGGUCAGUUAUUUAACGUUGCCAUCUUAAUCGUCUCACUACUGGCUUUUCACGGCGGCAACAACUUACCAUAUUCGCUUUUAUCGGCACAGUGGACUUUUCGUGUUUCCUUCGCCAUCCCAGCCUUGGGUACGCUCUGGCUCGUGUAUCACCGAUGGUUCAAGAUGCCAUUGGCAUCGAAAGAGCUCUCCAAAGCCAAAGCCAACAGCAAUGUGACAGGUUAUGAUAUCCAAUCGCUCCAGCUCACCUUCACCCAUUUUGGUGGCCGCAUUAUAGGGACUGCGGGUACCUGGUUUUGCAAUGAUGUAUUUUUCUAUGGCAACAAACUUUUUCAGUCGGCAUUUAUCAAAGUCAUUGAACCGACGGCAGACAUCGUGGGGGAUGUGAUUGUCGGAUGGAAAUGGAGUAUUGUUAACGUUGCAGUCUCAAUGAUUGGCUACUACCUAGCCACUAUUCUCAUUGAUAACAAACUCUACGGCCGCAAGUGGAUGCAGCAAUUCGGUUUUCUUAUGUGCUUCAUCUUAUUCGUAAUUCCAGCCUUUAAUCUCGAAUACUAUCGUUCGGUCCAGAAUAUCAAGAAGUUUCAGGCAAUGUACUUUUUGUCCUCGUUUUUCAACCAGUUUGGACCGAACUCGGUAACAUUCUUGAUAGCUGCUGAAGUGUACCCAACAGCGGUGCGAGCUUCUGCCCAUGGUUUCUCUGCUGCCAUCGGAAAGGUUGGAGCACUACUUGCCAGUGUCCUUUACAAUUACAUUGAUGACCAGACCAAAUUUCACGUUGUUCCAUGGUUUGGGCUUGGUGGAAUGCUGAUUACAUGGCUAUUUGUGCCAGAUACCACGGGCCUGGACCUCGAAGAACAAGAGCGUCGCUGGGCCUUGAUCCGCGCUGGCCGCGAAAACGAAUACCAUGGCAUCGCCGUCCACUCGAAACAUCUUUCGCUCUGGGAACGGAUGCGGGGAGUGGGUAAGUCCUAUAACCCCGAUCUAGACCGCGCACAUCGUAUCGUGGAGCUGCGUCAAGAGUGGGAGAAAAUGGAAUCCGACAAGGCCAGUCGUGAAGAUGGCUUACCAAGCGAGGAUCAUGGAUUCAGUGAGGCUGUCCAGGCCUGGUUUCGAGCGUCGCGCUCGGCAUCCAGUAUUAAUAGUGAUGACGUUAUCAAAGACAAGUCUGCAUUUGUGCAAGAUACCUAG